CUCUUUCAUAGUCCAGUACUGCUCGGUGUUUUCGGAGCUCUUCUUGGUCCAAGAUGGCAGGUACGGCGAGUUACUCAGAAGUGGUCUGAUUUUGACUGGUCGUUGGAAGUGUACUUGACUUUUUGGCAUUUCGACGCCAUUUUGACAUCUGCACCAAAAUGCGAAACAAAGCAAAGAGCGGUAUUCGUUAAUUUUGGAAAUGGCGGACAGAUUUAUAAAUGUAGUGUUGGCGUACUUUAAGUCCCGUGCUAACAGUGAAGGCGAUCUUCCAACUCGCUUCCUAAAUGGGGUAACGUGUGAUAAGUCGCACGUGGUGCAAAGCUGCUUGGAUCAGGGGGUGAACGUAAACCUCAAAAGAGAGGAAGACGGCGAAACGGCCUUGCACAUUGCCACAUCAAACGGUUACUGCAGUAUGGCGUCGCUCCUUCUGCGACAACCCAGCAUAAACAUCCAUGUCAAGGAUGACCACGGUUACGAUGCGUUACACCUCAGUUUAGAAAAAGAGAGCGAUUUGGAGAUCACAACUUUGCUCCUGGAAAAUACGGCAAAUCCGAACAGUAUCGACCGCUUUGGAAACACUCCACUGCACGUAGCGGCUCGCAGGGGCUUGUUGAAGAUGGCGAGUCUUUUGCUGAAAUACAAAGCCGAUCCCAACAUAAUUAACGCUAUGGAACGGACUCCGUUGCACGUAGCCGUUUUGGAGGCACCAUUUUUAGCUAUGGUAAAAUUACUUGUUGGCAAUGGAGCAGAAAUGGAACACGAAGCUGGCCACGUGCCUCUCUUCUUAGAAGCAGUCAUCUCAUACCAGACCUAUGAACAGUUACAAAUCAUACUUUACCUAAUGGAUGAAAAAAUUGACGUAAACGUCACCGAUAAGUUCUCCCAAAGAAAUGCCCUGCACUUCGUGGCGAUGACACAAAAUAACGCCUUGGCCGUUAAACUGCUAAAGUACGGGGUGGAUCCGGACCACGUGGAUUCCAGGGGUAGACGACCCGUCGACGUCGCCGUGGAGCACCGCCAGGAAUUAAUGCGCUACCUGUUAGAAAACGGCAAAGUCCUACUGAAAUUAAUCAAGCACAGGCCUAGCAUGUUCUUGUAACCCAAAAAAAAACAGCAAAGGGCAUUAG